AUGCUCGCCGCGGCGUCCGCGGCGGCUGGCGCGCUGUUCCCGGAGGUUGGCCGUGGGCUCAGCACCGGGCUGGCGUUGUACGCCGCCAACCAGGGGCAGCAGUGCCCGGCGUGCACCUGCGCGCCGCAGCUGCAGUGCCCGGAAUUGCGUUGCGACUGCUCCGGCCUGCAGGGGUCGAGCACCCAGGGGCCAGGCCCCUGGUCGGUGGCGCUCGCUUGCGCCGCCAGCGGGCUCGUGGGGGCCUGCAGCGCGGCGCUGGCCUGCUGGCGCCUGAGCGGCCGCUCCUUCGGGCCGCGCGGUGCCGCGCCGGCCACGGACGGGGAGGCGGACUUCGGGGGAGCAGGCGCGGGCCCAGGCCCUGCAGUGCCGAUGGCGGCGCCGGCACCUCCGGCGUACCCAUCGGUCGCUGGCUUUGGGGUCCAGCCUGGGGACUUCAUCGGCGUGCAGUACAACAUCGGCGGCGCGGCGCUCAUCCACGAGCGGCUCGUGGUGCUGAUGCCGCCAGGUCGGCCCGACAGCGCGAGCAUCCUCACCCUGGACGACGACGAGUACGAGGAGAAGUACGUGGGCUCGGCGGACGUGUUGAGGUGGGACAUCUUCCCUGGGCGCUGCUGGCGGCGUGAUGCCGUGGGCCCCGGGGGGCCCAUCGUGGCCAACGCGGGUGGGCGGGCGCUCGACGUGCCUGCCGCCGCGCCGCUGGGCGCGCUGGUGCCGCCGGCCGUGCGCCCCGCCGCCCCAGCUGCCGGCGUGGCCGGGAUGGUGGCCGCCCUGGGCGGGCCUGCGGCGGCGCCGGGGGCCUCCCUGCCGCUCCUGCCGCCCGCCGCGGCGCUGCCGGGUGGCGCGCAUCCGCCGGCCCCCGCGCCCGCGCCCAUGCUGGCGCUUGCGGCCCCGCCGCCCGGCACGGCUGCGGCCGCCCCGGCCCCCGCGGCCCUCGCCGACGUCCGCGUGCAUCCCGUGGUGUACAAAGCCCUCGGCUCCAGGCGCAUCGGCUUCGGCGACGCGGUGGAGCGCACGGUGGAGCACCAGUGGCCGGACUGGCCGAUCUCCGGCCCACGUACGACGCUGUGGGUCUGCCAGUUCAUGAAGGACAACGGGCUGUCGCCCCUCGGACGCCACAGCAAGUGGAGGUCAGAGGGCCGCCUCGCCCUCACCGAUGGCGGCGUGGCCGAGCACGAGCGCUGCUGCUCGUACCUCGAGCAGAUGGUGUGCUUCGAUCAGUUGAACGUCCCGGACGUCGCGGCGGCGGAGAUGAUCUGCCGGAGCAUCCAGGUGCAGGAGGAGACGUGGCGCGAGCGGUUCGUCUCGAGUGCCGACGAGUCGCUGGACUCGCACUUGUUCUACGGCACCUCGACGAACCGUGGCAACGUGUGCGUGCACCCCCAGCUGCUGGCCCACGUCGGCGCCGAGCUAUCCAAGGAGUACGCCGUGGCGAAGGAGAGGCGCAAUGCGAGGGAGGAGCGGCAGUCCGCCCGCGCGCCGGGCAACAGGGACAACGAGGGCGACAAGGGCAAGGACAAGGACGAGUCAAAGGGGUGA